CUUCUCCCGCCAGGGGGAGGGGCUAGGCAGCCCGAGGUCCUCUCCUCCCACCCACCCCAGCUAGCGUCACCAGCCGAGGUCCAGUCCGGCUUGCAGUCUGGCCCCGGGGCAGGGAGUCUGGGUGGGGGCACCGGUAAAGGAGCCUCGUGAAAAGCUUUGGGGCCCGGGCCAGGAGAAGAAGCACUCCAGGAAUCGGCAGCUUCUCCUCCUCGCAUCCCGAGGCUGCUGCCCCCCCAGAGCUGACGGUCGGGGGACCGGGACAGCGGCGGCGCUAGAGAAGAGGAAUCAGGAGAGGUCAAAAACUUAUCUCGAGGGGAGAUGGCACAGAGAUACGGUUCUCUGAGAUACCGAUCUCCUCGAACUGGAGAAAGGCAAAAGCUUUUACAGAUGAAUGAGCUACUACUUCCAGCAUGCACCAUGGCACCAAGAAAUGUCUCGUUUUUCAUCUGGGCCCUUUUGCUGAUCCUUCCAGACCAGAGCCAAGGCUCAGGGCAGCCUAUGCUGCCCACUAUCCCCUUUGUUGCCAUCUGGAAUGCCAACACCUAUUUGUGCCAACAGAAAUUUCAGUUGAACAUAAGCCUGGACACCUUCCAUGUGGUAGCCAACCCAAGCCAGGUCUUCAAGGGACCAAAUAUGACCAUCUUCUAUAGCACUGAGCUGGGCAUUUACCCUUGGUACACACUUGCUGGGCAGCCCAUCAAUGGAGGCCUGCCCCAGAAUGCCAGUUUUUGGGACCACUUGGACAAGUCCUAUCGGGACAUCCUGGCCACCUUGCCUGAAGCUGACUUCAAGGGGGUUGGGGUCAUUGACUGGGAAGAAUGGCGCCCUAUCUGGGCCAUGAACUGGGACUCCAAGAAAAUAUACCAGGAGCAUUCUCUGGACCUGGUGAGAGAAAAGCAUCCAGACUGGCCCCCCUUCCUGGUAAAAAAGGUAGCUAAAAAACAAUUUGAGGAUGCAGCCCGGGAAUGGAUGGCUGGCACCUUACAGCUGGGGAAGUUCCUGCGGCCCAGGGGACUCUGGGGUUACUAUGGUUUCCCAGACUGUUACAAUUAUGACUUCCAGAAGACCAACUACACCGGAGAGUGCAAUCCAGAGAUCCAGGUCCUGAACAACAAGUUGUCAUGGAUGUGGGAGCAGAGCAGAGCCCUCUAUCCCAGCAUCUACCUGCCCCCGGAGCUGAUCGGCACGGGGAAAUCCCGGCUCUUUGUCAGGGGGAGGCUGCAUGAGGCCUUCAGAGUGGAAGGGAGAACCUGGAAUCCUGGCCGGCCCAUCCUGCCCUAUGGGCAGAUCUUUUAUGCGAAGACAGACCAUUUUCUGCCCUUGGAGGAGCUGGAGAAUACCAUUGGGGAGAGUUUGGCUCAAGGUACAGACGGAAUUGUGUUGUGGAUGAGCGGAGUCCGUGAACACACCAGGGAAUCCUGCCAGGCCAUUAAGAACUAUGUGGACACCACCCUCGGACCCUUCAUCCUGAAUGUAACCAGCAUCGCCUCCCUCUGCAGUGAGGCGUUGUGCUCAGGACACGGCAGAUGUGCCCGCCACCAAGAUCAUCCCCAUGCCUUCCUUUUCCUCAGCCCAGCCAGCUUCUCUAUCCGACGACAGCCAGACAGUGGACAGUUGAACCUCCAAGGUACCUUGACAGAGGAGUCCUUGACCAAGAUGAAAACAGAAUUUGAGUGUCGCUGCUAUCCAGGCUGGGCUGGGGACCACUGUGAGCACCAGAGCAGCCGGUGAUGCCUCUAAAGGGAGGACCAAGAGAACAGCUGGAAGGGUCUCCGAUCCCUUUAUUCUCUGAAGUUCUGGUCUCUACCUGUUGGGGAGACAGCAUCCUCUCCCUCACAUCCCUGUCACUACCUCCCACCCUCCAAUAACCCAUCUGUGAUGUGUAUGUGACCUUGGAUGACUUAUCCAUCUCUCUGAACCCUGGCAUCCUCCCCGUCAAAGGGAAAUAACAGGACUUCAUUGGGUUGUUUGGAGGAGUGUGCUUUAUAAAUCACAAAAGGAUACAGAAAUGAGAACAGGCGUUAUUCCAAGAAACACAAUUCCUCUAAAUCACUUUGGAGGGAACGUUCGUUCCUCAUACUUCAAGGUAGUUUUGCCUCUGGGUUGGUCUUUCCUACUGGAACAAGAGGGCAAGUAGACCCUUGUCAGGGGCUGUUGGGGUGAGAGGCGUUUGAGGACGCUUGUAUCCCGAUAUUUUUGUUCAGUGCUAAAAAUAAAAAGUUUUAUUCACCCAUGAAAAAGACAUGAACAGUUGCAUGAUAGCAAUUUGUCCCAGGACCAUUUAUAUCUGAACGCCAUUGAACAAGGCAAGAAUGAUUUUUCAAUACUAAUGAGGACAGUAAGAAUAAAUAAAAGAAGGGUAUUGACCUUUAGAAACUGAGUUCCCCUUUCCUUCCAGGUGGGUUUCUUUAAUUGUCAGCAAGUCCAGAACUCCAGGUGUGCUGGGGGUGGUUUUCUGACUCCAAAUCCAGAGACCGGCAGUCAGUCAAUAAACGG